UUUAGUUAGCGGUUGAUGCCAAAGUUGUUAAGAAUCAGGACAUUCCCGCUCCGUGAGUGAAAAAGAUAAUAUAUAAAGAAAUGUUUUGAACAUGAACCGAGGGCCAAGGAGAGGUGACAGCCAUGUUCCCUCCAUUUAUAGCAACGACCCAUUUCACCGAUGGGCAACGUACAAGGCCAACAUUUUUUUUUAAAGGAAUUGUCAAAUUUUUACCAAAAAUAGAAAGCCUCGGAUCUCCGAAUCCAAAACCCCCUCUUACCUUAUGGCUUCUGCUUGCUUUUUCCGGAAGGAACUCGGAAAAGAGAAAGUAGCGGGUUAAAAGUCUCUUUCUUUUCCUUCGUUCCCAAACAAUUUCUUGUAAGCGAAAACCCUGUUUCUCUUCUAUUAAAAUUGAAAACCUUAGUUAUUCCCUAAAUGCUAUUUCUAGUAGGCUUUUAUGAUAAUACUAAGAUAAAUAAAUAAAUAAAUAAAUAAAAUAGAUUGAUAGAUAAAUUAUAUGCGAAAGAUGGGUUCAUCUUCGUCAGAGACAAAGUUCUUGCAAGAAUUGAUUUUGUAUGCCGCCAGCGCCGCCCUUAGUUGCUUGGUCCUCUUCGCGGGACUCCGACUCCUCGACCCGAACCGGGAAGCUUCUAAAAAAGCACUGGAGCAGAAGAAGGAUAUUGCCAAGCGCUUGGGUCGUCCUCUAAUUCACACCAAUCCCUAUGAGGAUGUAAUAGCAUGUGAUGUGAUAAACCCUGAUCACAUUGAUGUGGAAUUUGAGUCUAUCGGAGGAUUGGAAGCCACCAAGCAGGCUCUCUAUGAACUAGUGAUUCUUCCAUUACGGAGACCAGAGCUGUUUUCACAUGGAAAGCUUCUUGGUCCUCAAAAAGGGGUUUUGUUAUAUGGACCCCCAGGUACUGGAAAGACCAUGCUUGCUAAAGCCAUUGCAAAAGAGUCUGGAGCUGUUUUUAUCAAUGUGAGGAUAUCAAAUCUUAUGAGCAAGUGGUUUGGUGAUGCACAGAAACUCGUGGCUGCCAUAUUUAGCUUGGCCUAUAAACUCCAGCCUGCUAUUAUAUUUAUUGAUGAGGUUGAAAGUUUUCUGGGACAGCGUCGUAAUACAGAUCAUGAAGCAAUGGCAAACAUGAAGACUGAGUUCAUGGCUUUAUGGGAUGGAUUUACAACUGACCAUUGUUGUGCAGAGAAUGCACAAGUUAUGGUUCUUGCUGCAACGAAUCGUCCAUCAGAACUAGAUGAAGCCAUACUCAGGCGUCUUCCCCAGGCUUUUGAGAUAGCAAUUCCUGGCCACAGGGAGAGGGCUGAGAUACUGAAGGUGAUUGUGAAGGGUGAGAGGGUUGAAGAGAGCAUAGAUUUUGACUACAUAGCCAGUUUGUGUGAAGGGUACACAGGUUCAGAUCUUCUUGAACUCUGCAAGAAAGCAGCAUACUUUCCUAUUAGGGACUUAUUAGAUGAGGAGAAGAAAGGAAAACCAUCUGGAGGUCCAAGGCCAUUAUCACAAACUGAUUUGGAAAAAGUUCUUGCCACAUCAAGGAAGACUGGGGUUGCUGCAAAUGAAUAUAGCAGGUUAAGUUCACAGUUAUCUGGAUGGUCAAGGCAGGGGGAAUCAGAUGAUUAUCAGGUUCAAGCUACAAUUAAUGAAUUAUCGAAGCUUGUAGUUUCUCAAAUUGUAAACCUUCAGUCAGAUUCCCAUGACUCCUAAAAUUCUUAUCUCUAUACUCAGAUUCUGCUACAUGAUAUGGUGUUCUGUAAUACUAUGCCCAGAGCAUUAGAUUCUUUUUCGUGGCAAAGCCUGCUUAUUAAGAUUUGAGGUGACAUCUUAUGUAAAGCUUGGGAUGGCAGCUUUGAAACAGUUAGAACUGUUAUAGUCACUAAGUUAUUCAUUUAAAGUAACUUUCAUUUUGCCUUUUGGGUGCCUGGCCUCCAAUUCUUUUUCCCCAUAAUUUUAGAUGCAGCAAUUCCAAUGGAGCUAUCGAAAGUCAGCAAAUGAAAUCUUUCAAUUGCAGUAUAUUACAGAAACCCCAUCGAUUCAGUUUAAUUGGGAUGUUAUGUGGUGGACCACUGUUAAGACCGUAGACUGGAAACCGAUUUGGUUUUUCUAUUCCACUUUUUGUUGCUUGAUCUGAAAGAUCUCUGUAACAAGAUGGGUGUACUCAUUUUGGGGUGGGGUUGGGGGGUUGCAGUUCCCAUAUUUUAAUGUGAAAGCAAUAACUUAUGUUGAAUGCAUCAUUGGAGGUUGCUU